UAGAUCAAUGAAUCAAUGAAUGAAUCAUAGCCAAGGAACAUACACCCAUACACUAUGCAUAGUUGUACAUUACAGGAUGCAGCCUAUGUGUACAGUGUGUAUGUUGUAUGACUGUUAGCUAUGGAAUAGAGAGUGAAGUUGUAUUCCUUCCUACGAUGUCUCAGUCAGUGUCCUUCUCUUAACAUAUUAGUCCGAUGGAGCGCUCUAACUCUGUGUGCCCAUGUGAUUUCCCUUGUCAACUCAUGUUCCCUGCUAAUGUGCCUCAUGAGGCAAACAUACCCUCCUCCUGUAAGGGUUGAGUAGACACUAUGUUUUUCAGCCGGGACUACUCGGUAGGUCCCAGCAGUGGCAGAAACUGGACUGAAGUGAAUUGAUUCGUGGGGGAUUAGAGAUUAAGAUUUCCCCUCCCGCUCAGAUGGGCUUUAGUGGAGUAAAUCUGGGGAUUAUGAUGUCAGAGGCCCGUGCUUGUCAGAGAGGAAAUUUAAUUGUCAGAGGAGUGCUGAUGGCUAGGAUUAUGGCACAGCCAGUGAGGAAAUGUAAGAAUGGGAAGCCAUGUCUGUGCCAUAACCCUGUACAGUGAAACCUACAUGGGAAGAACAUCAACCACUAUUGGAAUUUGAGAGUUGUUGGUCCAUGGCGCUGAGUGGAUUGUUCAGAUGCUUAGUCAGUGAGAGAGAGAGAGUUUUUUAUUAUCUUCCGCCUGCCCUUAAUGCAUCCAUGUCAAGUGCCUGCCCCUGCUGCUGCUAUUGAGGGGCUCACCAAGACCAAGAAGAUGAAGGUGAAAUGGACUCAGUUGGGCAUGGUGUUCUUCCUGUUGCUCUCCCUGGUCAUGACAGGAUGUUUCCUCUGGCAGUACCAGCUGCCAAAGUUACUGCAAGAUGAAGGCAUGGGAGGCAAUGCCAAAUCAGAACGGAUGUGCCCACGCUUCCCUGAGCCUCUCCCCCUGGAACACCCUAUCCCUACCCUGAAAGAGGCACUAGAAAAGGUGGACACACUGCUGCGCCAGAGUGUCAACCCUGCCAGUCUUCCCUCUUUGUCGGCCAUUGUGAUUUUCAAUGACACCGUUCUGUGGACUGGUAACUUUGGCAAGAGGAACGGAAGUGACCCACUCUCAGCUCCACCCAAUGAAUACACCAUCUAUAGGAUUGCCAGCCUUUCAAAGAUCUUCCCAACGCUGAUGCUGUACAGGCUGUGGGAGGAUGGGAAGAUUGCCUCCCUGGAUGACCCACUUGAGAAAUAUGUGGAGAACUUCACCAUUAAAAACCCUCUGGGCAAGUCACGGGACUCUGAGCUCAAGUACGUGACAGACGGUCUGAUCUUUCUGGACAGUGGAGAGGUUCAGAUCCGCUCCUCCUCUGUCACCCUGCGCAGGAUGGCCAGCCAGCUCUCAGGUCUACCCAGAAGACUUAGAGCCACUAACCUGCUAUGGAAGGGGAAAACACAGGCUGCAGUGAAUCUGCUGCAAGACGAUGUCCUCGUUGCAGACCCUGGCACCAAAUGCCACUACAGUAACCUAGCCUUCUCCUUAUUGGCCCACGUCAUGGCUGAGAAGGUGGUGGGCAUGGACUACCAGCGCUGGAUCAAUGAUAACAUCCUGGACCGGCUGGGGAUGGAGGAUACAGGCUUCGACAUCACCCCAGGGAUCCACAGCCAGAUGGCUGUGGGCGUCUACUCCAGUGGCCAGCCAGCCCCUCUGUAUGACCUGGGUUGGUACCGCCCCUCAGGCCAGAUGUUCUCCACUGCCGCUGACCUUGCCAAGCUGGCUAUGAUGCUGUUGGGGGCCUACCAUCGCAAGCUCCUGGAGCCUGACACCCUGAAAAUCAUGCUGACCCCUCUGUUCCGCUGUGAUAAGGAUUACUUUGCCAACCGCACCGGCACACCAUGGGAGGUGAAUGAGCAGUUGGGCUACGAGGUGGUGCGUAAAGAUGGAGACCUAGACGGCUACUCAGCCACCUUCUCACUGGUGCCCAGGCUCAAGCUGGGCCUGGUAGUGCUGAUGGCUGGCACCAGACCUCAGAAGCAGGAUGUGUUGGCCAAGGCUUACAGCCACAUAAUACCCGCUAUGGAGAGGGCUUUCCGGGAGUCCAAGAAGAUCCUCAUCCCUCCCCCUAAACCAGACCCUUACAUAGGCUUCUUCACCUACGGAAACAUCACUUUCUAUGAGAUCAAAGCUGGGGCAGACGGAGUUCUGAUCAUGCAGCAGUUUGGUCCCCAGAUUGAGGACCUGAUCCCAGAGAGAUAUCGGACAAUAAAGCUCAACUACCUGGUGGACAGGGUGUUUAGGGUGGUGUUUGAGAAAGAGUACCCUUGUGUCUUGCGGGUCAGCACCGCGUCUGUCUCCCUUGAGGCCCAAGACGGGCAGCUCUUUAACUUUUAUGUGUUUGACAAGCGAGGUCUGUCCCCUGGCUUCGAUGCACCAGGACUGAAUACAUACAAUGUGGUCAGGAUAGCCCAUAGGCCGACUUUCUCGAACUAACUGAACUCAUACAUUGGAAAGGCGCAUGAAUGUGCAGGAUGGAGGUCCUGUUUGGGUCUGUCGCCUAUAUUUAAUAGUGAUAAACUAUAUUGAAAGAGCACAUUGCUGCAGGACAGUGAGUGGACAAUACCAUGAUGCAUUGCAAAAGAAGGUACACAGCUAGACAAAAAGGUGUUUAAUUUACCCAUUGUUGUCAACUCUUGUACAUAAUGUUUUCUUUGAUUUCCAUGUCAAAUAAUGGCAUUGUACAAAUUCAUAAUUUUUAUACAGUUGGUAACAUGACCUUAAACAUAUUAAACUGUACACAUUUACUGUAUUGUGGCACAGUAAUAGAGGGGUUGGUUGUUUAGCAACAAAACCGACGCGCGUGCAACCAUGGGGCAAAAUAGACAGGUUUGGAUUGUUGACAUAUUAAACUAUAUUUAGUCUCUUGAAAACAUAAAUACAUUUGCACAAUGAGAACUUGUUGUCUCUCAAAUACAUUGUUACAGUUGUUGGUGAGCUAGCUAGCAACUUUUUGCCAUAUUAGCAUUGACAUGACAUCAGUCAAAACACCUCAAAACAAGACAUGGUAUCAAUAACAAGAUGGCAUGAGCUGAAACAAGCCCCACAUGGCAGUUUCUUGCCGUUCUUUCUAACAAUCUGGCCAUCCAGAAUGACAACAACAUGCUGUCUUCUGCCCCAUGGAAGCGUGCACAUCGUAUUCGUGAUGUUGUCAGCUAUCCCAUCUAUUGAGUCUUUCCUAUGUUCUGCACAUUGUUACUUUUAUCAGUUUGUUCUGUCCUUACAUUGCAUUUGUAAGAAACAACUGCAUGGAAAUAUGGCAUGCGGGAAUCAAUCAACACAAUUAAAUUGUAACACUUUAAUUUGCAUGUGGAAGUUCAUUCUUGUUCUUGCCCUAUGAAUUUCAUUUUGAUUAAUCAAAAGAUGUGCAAUGUAUGUUUCUACUGCAGCAAAAUAUGGAUUUAUUUUUAUUUGUUAUCAAUGAAUUGCCUGAUCAUUUUUGACCUACGAAAAAUCCACAAGAUAUGUUCAUGCCAAACAGAAAUUAAGUCUCAUUUUUAAAUAGUGAUCAUGUUGGCAUGUUUUGGCAAGGAGACCUUUUACAGUAUCUGUAGCCAUACUGUACAGUAAGUAUACUUACUGUAUGUGAGAACAGACCAAAAUGCUUUUGGCAGUCCAACCUUUGAGCAAAAAUAUAUGCUUAAAAGGGGGAUUGGGGACAUAGUGGUAUAGUUCCAGGAAUGACUGUGCACGUUAUCAUCCCAAUUCAGACUCAUUUAAAUCCUCCUUA